UGAACUCUCCCCCGGUGAAAUAAAGGCAAAAACCGAGACGAGCUUGGAUGAGCGCACCUGUACCGGCGGGGAAUCGUUUCGCCUUUACCGAUCGAGCUUUUUUACACCCGCGUGACUGUGAAUGGACCGAUCAGCAGAAAAACCAUUUCGCAACCUAUUUUGCAUGCAGCCUACAGGGUGCAUGAAGUCUGGGAUAUAUUUUCCAGCCUCGUCAGUUCUUGCAGCGCCUUUGCAAUGUGUACUCUCCUUGUUUUAAUGUAAAGGAGGCGUGUGUGUGCGCGCGCGUUUUUCUUUUUUCUUCUCUUUCUAACUGGGGGAGAGGAGGAGGAGGGCAUCCUGUGAUUGAUUUAAGCAAUAUCCUAUUUUUCCUGCAAGAUGUUUUGAGCGCCAAGGGGGGCUGAGAGACAGAGAGAGAGAGACAGAGAGAGAGAGAUAUAGAAAGAGAUAGAUAGAGAGAGAGAGAGAGAGCGGCUGGUGUCGUCUUCACUGCGUCUCUCUCCUCCUCUACAACAAAACAGACAAGACAGGAGGAGGAAAGGAGAGGUAAAGGGAGGUUUUGGUUUGUGAAAAGCUGGAAAUAUACGGCGUUAAAAUGACGAUGUCUGUCCCGGAGAGAAAAUCAGGAUCCGAGGGGAAAGAGGAGGAGAGCGAGGAUGAGAGUGAAAUCGUGGAGGAGAGCCCGUGUGGCCGUUGGCAGAAGCGUAAAGAGCAGGUCAGCCAAGGUAAUGUCCCCGGUGUGGAAAGUGCAUCUCUGGCUAUGGACACAGAGGAGGGCGUGGAGGUGGUCUGGAACGAAGUGCUCUUCUCCGACAAGAAGGUCUUCAAAGCACAGGAGGAAAAGAUCAAGGAGAUGUUUGAGAACCUGAUGCAGGUCGAACAUCCCAACAUUGUCAAGUUCCACAAGUACUGGCUCGACAUGAAGGAGACUCAAGCUCGGGUUAUAUUUAUCACAGAAUACAUGUCGUCGGGCAGCCUCAAGCAGUUUCUCAAGAAAACCAAGAAGAACCACAAGAGCAUGAAUGUGAAGGCCUGGAAGAGAUGGUGCACCCAGAUUCUCUCUGCCCUCAGUUAUCUGCACUCUUGUGACCCUCCAAUAAUCCAUGGCAACCUGACGUGUGACACCAUCUUCAUUCAGCACAACGGCCUCAUCAAGAUCGGCUCAGUGUGGCAUCGGCUAUUUGUUAAUGUGUUCCCAGAUGCCAGCGGUAAAGGGAGGCAACAUCGCGACGAGCAGAGGAAUCUUCAUUUUUUUGCUCCAGAAUAUGGAUCCGCUGAAGAUGAUUACUCCAUAGACAUUUUCUCCUUUGGCAUCUGUGCUCUAGAGAUGGCAGUACUAGAGAUCCAGGCCAACGGAGAUACUGCUGUGUCCAAGGAGGCCAUCGUUAAUGCAGGUCAAUCUCUGGAAGACCCUCCCAUGAGAGAGUUCACCCAAUCCUGUUUGCGUCAUGAAGCCAAACUCCGUCCCACCGCUCACGACCUUCUGUUCCACCGAGUCUUGUUCGAGGUCCACUCCCUUAAACUGCUGGCCGCCCAUUGCCUCAUCAACAACCAGUAUCUGCUUCCAGAGAACUGUGUGGAGGAGAAAACAAAGUCCUUCGACCCGAACGCUGUCAUGGCAGAGAUUAAACAUGACGACAGACAAGGAGUUCAGCUAAAAUAUUCCCACGUGUCCCCUUUGGAACUUGACAAGUUUCUAGAGGAUGUGAAAAAUGGGAUUUACCCGUUGAUGAACUUCGCCUCGACUCGGCCUCACCCCGUCCCUCGAGCCCUCUCCUUGUCUCAGGAGCAUGUGGAGACAGUCAAGACGCCGACUCCUGAACCCCAGGAGAUGGAGACGAGGAAGGUUGUUCAGAUGCACUGUAAUCUGGAGUCAAAUGAAGAAGGGACCAAAACUCAUCUGUCUUUAUUUCUGAAGAUGGAUGAUAAACUUCAUCGGCAGCUUAGCUGUGACAUCCUUCCAACUGACACCUCCAAAGACCUUGCCAGUGAACUCGUUCACUACGCCUUCAUAACCGAGGAGGACAGUGAGAAGGUUGCGGGGUUCCUGGAGGACGCCAUCAAUCGACACCGGGUCAAAGCACUCGCUUCUGGGAGCACACAGUGAGGAGGGGUCACGACAGCGGCUGGCCCGAACUGAGGGGCCGGAGGCGUUGACCACACAGAUCGAGAGAAAGGGAGAGUGAGACGGGCGGGAUCACACAGCCGAGAACGGAAGAGAGCAGAAGGAGUGUGGUGGUGGAGGAAGCUGACAAAGUUGGGGAUAAAAAAAAGGGGCUCAAAUACAGGAGGACGCUGGGCCUUGACAGUCAGUUAAUCAUCCCAGCGAGAAGGAGGAAGCGCCAGCAGUGAAAAAGGAACUGAAGGCACCUCUGGUUGCAGGAUCAGAGGAAUCAUGGCUGUGUUCAGCAAUCCCACAAAGCAGUAGAAGAUUGACAAACUCCCUGCCGCAAAGGGCUACCAUGCCUUAAGCUAUCUUUGACAACUUCAGUUUUUUCCAUAUUGCCACUAUUCAGAACGGAUCCGUUUUACAUACAAAUGCCGCAGCUAUGUUUUCAUAAGGACGUUGUAUUGCUCAUAAGCCUCGUUUGCACUCCAGUGUCCAUUUAGAUCGGUGAAUAUAAACAAAGAUGCAGUCAUUUAUUUAAAAAUAAACCCUCCCUCCUUUAUUAGCCAGAACACUCAGUUUAUUCGUUUUAGGAAUUUAAAAUUCCGUCCAACAUGUGCUGUUUAUACUCUUUCAGUUAACUUAUUUAUUUCUGUUUAACUGUGAACCAUUGAAGCAUUGCACAGGCCUGGUUUUUUUUUUUGCUUUAUUUUUAUGACCUGCUUAGUAACACAACUCUCUGCACUCCUGGGUUAAAGGCUUCUACUCCAAGAGCUGCGCUACACCUAAAUGUAGUGAAAAAGAGCAAUGAGACAACGCCUCUCUUUUAGCCUUUAGUGCUCUUAAAGGGUUUCCCCCUGAAAAAGUGCUCUGAAAGCCAAAGACUUGCAAAAGUGCCUGAUAUGGCAAUGUACUUUGGACAAAACGGCAGAUCUAACUUAGCAAAUUUGUGAAUAUAUAUUUAUAUAUAUCUAAUUCAGGCUGACUUUUUACAGCGUUAAAAACUAGACGCAUUGAUUCGGAGUAGGAGACAGUUCCCGUGUCUUAUCAUUGGGUUAGCAAAGUCAGCCUGUGUAAAUGUGAAGAUGAGCUUGAGGCCAGUUAACGGCGGCUCCCUUAAGAGCUGAAGCCACUGUAUACUGGAGAAAUGAUAAUGGGUGAUUAAGGGUUCUGCUGUUGCUAAUAUUCAUUUGGGAUCAGCCGCAAAAAUUGGGAUAAAGCUCGGAAAGCUUGUGAUUUAAAAUUUUAGCCCUGUAAUAUUAUAAAUGGGAGGAAGGGUGUUGGUGAUGUGAUUUUAAAGCUUGCCAUAGUGUCAAUAAAUAUUACCGCUAAUACUUACUUACUUAUUGUAUUUCCCAAAUCAUCAGAGGAUAUUUUCUAACACUGAGAUCUCUAAAAUGUCUAGAAGUGGUUUUAAAAGAAGAAUCUACCUUUCAAUUUUCUAACGAGUAUACUAUUUUGUCUUUUAAAUAGGCUACAAAGCACACAACCGCACAUUGACAAUAGAAAAACACUCACUGUACCCUGUCAUAACAAUUAAAAUAAAAGUUUAACUACUAAAGAUUACAUAAAACAAUAAAGAUAAAGAAACAUUUAGCCACGAUAGAAUAAUCUUUUACAGCACAACUGCAGUGAGAUAGAAGAUUCUCCAUGUAGCUGAUGAAAGGUUGCCAUAUUUUAUAGAGAAAAAUGAAAUUAUCUGAUUUGUUAAUGAGCAUCUUUUCCAAGACGUAUACAGCUGCUCACUUCUAAGAGCCACGAUCAAACUAGCAGUGAUAGAUCUGACUUCCAUUUCAUUGCAAUACAUUGUUUGGCAAUAGCCUGCAGGAUUUCAACCCAAAACAUUUUGAAUAUUUAUGGUUAUAUUUAAUUCUUUUUUUUUUGUGUGUGUGUAAAUUUUGUAUCCGUUAAAAUGUGCUAUCAUGUAUCAGCAUAACAUUUUCUGCAGAUACCAAAAAACAUCAUCUUUGACAGAAGAUUGGAGCAUUUUGCUUUAAACAUAUUUAUUUCUCAGAACCACAUCGACUCUACUCUACUUUUUACUUCAGACAAUAUCAGAGUGGACUUUUUUUUUUUUGGGGAAAGGAUUGCAUUGCAGCCCCCCCCCCCCACACACACACACACACAAAACAAAUAGAGUGUAUAUCCCUUCAGCUCUGGCAGGUUUUCCCCUGGAGGAGCUAAUCUUGGCAGCGGUACAGACUAAAUAUUUGGGUGGAUUUCUUUUUGUUUUGUCCUUAACAAACCAAUUGUGAAUUGUCUGAUCGAUCUUCAGCAGUAUACUCUUGUUUGUCAGAAUCACUUAGUUAGGCUUCAUUUGUUUCGCCGGUCUGCAAAAUCGUGGUUUCAUAGCAGUUACAAUGCUGUACAGUCAUUGCUUACAGUAAAUACUUACUAUAUACUCUGCAUCAAGCCUUCUUAUCAGUGUGUCUCUAAAAGGACGGGAGCCCUGAGUUUUCCCAGACAUUCAACUACUUUAUGGGCUGUGGUGUACAUAUUUGUGUGUGGCUAUUAAAAAAAAAAAAGGGGGGGUUUACUCUGGACAAACUUUCAAUACAAUACAAAGCGGUGCCACUCUUGCUCUCGUUUGAUCUGAAGCUGCAUGUCUUAAAAACGCCUGCAACCAUUCAAAACUUUGCAUUUUGCCUUCGUCAGUUACAGGUCAGUUCCAGUCAGGGCGACCUGAUCAAGAAAAUGAAUGUUUAGACUGUGCGAACAUGAAGAAGAAGAAGAAGAAGAAAAAAAUACAAAUACAACAACAACAACAACAUCAUCCAUAUCAGUCUUAUUUUAUGUCAAAUGACUUUUUUCUUGUGAAUCUGUUGAAUGAAACUUGCCUUUGGAUGUGUUCUACUUAAACCUUUGUUAAAUAUUGUAGCUACUGCAAUGAAAUACAUGACAAUAAACAAUAUGUGACAUGU